UUAGUCCAUCCAGAUCAAUAGGGAAGUGAGGGUGGAAAGAAGAAGAAGAGGAAGAAAUAAGGGGCGCAAUCGGAUCGUUUACACUGGCUGUUCCCGAGGAAAUAUAGACUUCCCUUGCUCGCACCUUUUGUUGCUCACAUGCUCGCACUGUAAAAGUGGAUAUCGAGGCAAUUCCCUUGCUUUGUGAGAUCGCAACAGACUUUCCCCCCCUUUUCCUACCACCAUGUCUUUCCCUCAGCUGGGAUAUCAGUACAUCCGACCGAUAUACCCGCCGGAGCGCCAGGGGAUCGCCAGCAAUGCCCGGGCCGGGACAGAGCUCAGUCCGUCCGGCGCGCUCUCCAACGUCCUCUCCACUAUGUAUGGAUCUCCCUUCGCCGCAGCAGCGCAGGGCUAUGGAGCGUUUCUCCCCUACUCAAACGACAUAUCCAUUUUCAAUCAAUUGGGUGCUCAGUAUGAACUGAAAGACAGUCCCGGUGUCCAGCACCCAGGCUUCGCCCACCAUCACCCUGCUUUUUACCCAUAUGGCCAGUAUCAGUUCGGUGACCCGUCCAGACCCAAAAACGCCACCAGGGAGAGCACCAGCACCCUGAAGGCCUGGCUCAGCGAGCACCGCAAGAACCCCUACCCCACCAAGGGGGAGAAGAUCAUGCUGGCCAUCAUCACCAAGAUGACCCUCACCCAGGUGUCCACCUGGUUCGCCAACGCCAGGAGGAGGCUAAAGAAGGAGAACAAGAUGACCUGGGCCCCCCGGAACCGCACCGACGAAGAGGGGAAUGUUUACAGCAGCGAUCACGAGGGGGAGGAGGGGGACAAGAGGGAGGAUGAGGAGGAGAUCGACUUAGAGAACAUCGACACGGAAAAUAUUGAGAACAAGGACGACUUGGACGACCAGGAUGACCUGCAUUCAGAUAUUAAAUUAGACGGGAGGAGUGACUCUGAGAUUUCUGACGGCUAUGAGGAUUUACAAGGGCCCGACCAGAGGUUUCUAAAGGCUGUGGGAAAAGAUGGCAAAGACGUGGAGAGAGGAGGGGAGCACUUCCACAGCCACCACCAUCACCAUCACCACUCUUCUUUGGACGUCAAAACGGCCCAAGCGAACGGAGAGCCGCUCAAACUGAACCCGGUGUCCGUUAGCUCGCCGCCCUCAGAAAACAACCCUGCCCCAGCCCAAAAGCCAAAGAUCUGGUCUUUGGCAGAGACAGCCACGGCCCCUGACAAUCCGCGCAAAUCGCCCCAAAUGAACGGCAGCAACUCCGCAGGGCCGGCCGCCCAGACCAUAAUCGCCCCUCACAGACUCAUCUCUUCUUGUCCCGUUGGGAAAAUCCAGAACUGGACGAACCGAGCCUUCUCGGCGCAUCAGCUGGCUUUACUGAACUCAAAUCAUUAUCUGGGACUGGCAAACCAGGCCACUGCCACCGGCCUGGCCCUCUACAGCAGCAGGCAAACGGAGGACAAGAGUCAUAGUUCAGAGACUCCAGUCACAGGCCACACAGAUGAACAGUGUUACAAAGUUAUAGCUUACAGAGUACAGUGUGUGUGAUGUGUGUUUGUGUGUGUGUGUGUGUGUGUGCCUGCGUGUGUGUGCCUGCGUGCGUAUGAGUGGUGUGUGUAUGCAACUGCUUUGAAAAAUGUCCGAGAGGAUUACGGAAACCUCAUCAGAAAGCAUUUAAGGAAAUGUGGAAUUGGGUGAAAACUGUUCUUCAUUUUUUGUGCCGCUUUCCCUCCUUCAUUUGGUGUUGUUACAUCCAUGUAAUAUUAAGGCCCACGUGCUUGUAUUUAAUGGUUUACAUAAAGCCCUCAACCCAUUAAACCAACUAGUUUUCAACACUAAAUUCUCUGAAACCCGGGAUGGGCUCUGAUAAUAGGCCGUUCACUUGAUACAUUUUAAUUUUCAUUGCCACAAUUUCAGAGAGAUCUUAGUGCCUUGGAUGCAGAAGAGACGUUGUUAAAAGCAGCUUUCCACCCAGUUCAAAGAUAGUGAGGCUGUCAAUGAAUGACAUUUGGGAUUUUUCUUUUUGAUGCCAUAGCACAUUUUCCUUUUUAAACGCCAUAUUUACCCGUAUUAGCUUUUAUUCUAAGUUUUUUUUUUUUUUUUUGGUUUUUUAAUCCCUGUGUGCGCUUGUGUUAUUUCGUUUGUUUCUUGUUUGGUCAUGCAAAUGAGCUCAAUGCAAAGUCACUACAGGCUGGUUUUUGAAAGGCAAUUGUCACUUUUAUAUCACUUUGUGUUUUAGCUCUCCAUGAGGUUAUUAUUAGUUUUUUUAGAACACUUUUUUUUUCUUUUCUUUUUUUUCUUUUUUUUUAAAUUUUUGUUUCACCCCUGUAUAUUCCAGGCCUCAGAACCAACUAGAAGCAGCGAUGGUUCUUUCGGGUCUCUCUCCUCUCCAUAAACCCUCACCCAUCUUCUUCUUUUUUUUAAAUUUAAUUUGAAUAUGGAAUGUAAAAUAAGAAUAAUACAUCUCUGUAUACUUACAUUGUAAGCAUGUCCUGUGUAAAACUGCUAAUGUAAUAAUGUAUGAACCUGUAGUCUGUGAGUUUUUUUUUCUUUUUGUAAGUUCU